AUGGCUGCAGCUAGAUCCUCAGGUGUCCGCCAACCAGAAGUUAGAAGGCGUGGUAAAGACCAGACCGAGUCGUCCUCUGAUGCCGAUAAAUUAGCAGAUAUUAUCAACGAUGUGAAUGAUAAAAAGAAAAAGGCGCAAAAGCCUGCUGAUGGAUCACUCAUCACUGAUCUUGCCAAGCUAGAAAGCAUAGUAGCACCGAUUAUUUUCACAGCAUUGGCACUGUUCACCCGUAUUUAUGGUAUUGGUAAGUCUCAUUCUGUGACUUGGGAUGAGGCUCAUUUUGGUAAAUUUGGCUCUUAUUAUCUCAAGCGAGAGUAUUAUUUCGAUGUCCAUCCUCCACUGGGAAAAAUGUUGGUUGGCUUGUCUGGAUACCUAGCGGGUUACAAUGGAUCGUUUGGGUUUGACAGUGGUGCUGACUACCCGGAGUAUGUUAAUUUCACUAAGAUGAGAAUUUUCAACUCUUUGUUCAAUGUAGGAUGCGUCCCUUUGGCUUAUUUUACUGCAAAGCAGUUCAAGCUUUCUAUUCCUGCUGUUUGGCUAAUUACUUUGAUGAUGCUUACCGAAUUGUCUUAUAUAACGUUGGGAAAAUUCAUUCUCCUUGACUCUAUGUUGGCAUUCUUUACAGUUUCAACUGUUUACUCAUUUUCCAAGUUCCACAAUUUGCAAUCUAAGUCGUUCUCUACUCAAUGGUGGACGUGGCUCUUCGUUACUGGUCUCUCCAUUGGGUGUGUCUGUAGCGUGAAGAUGGUUGGCUUAUUUGUAACAUCUGUCAUUGGUAUCUACACUGUUGCUGAUCUUUGGAUUAAAUUCGGCGACCUGGAUAUGCCUGUCAAGACCUAUGCACUACAUUGGGUUGCCAGAGUCGUAAACUUGAUCGUUGUCCCGGUAUUGGUCUUCAUGGCUUCUUUCAAGGCUCAUUUUGUUAUUCUCAAUCACAGCGGGCCUGGCGAUUCUAAUAUGAGUUCACUAUUCCAGGCCAAUCUUAUCGGGAGUGACAUCGUUGGCGGUCCUGUUGAUCUCGCAUUUGGCUCUAAAUUCACGUUGAAGAAUCAGGGACUUAAUGGUGGAUUGUUACACUCUCAUGUCCAAACGUAUCCUGAAGGAUCUGAGCAGCAACAGGUCACCACCUACCACCAUAAGGACUACAAUAAUGAAUGGGUACUUGAACACGGGCGGUUUGAUGAGUUUUAUGAUCCUCAGAAGCCACUUGAAUUCCUUACUGAUGGUGAUGUUAUUCGUCUGAUGCAUCCUGCUACUGGACGUAACCUGCACUCGCACUCCGUUCAGUCUUCAGUCACUAAGAGCAAGUGGGAAGUCUCAUGUUAUGGUAAUCUUACCGUUGGUGAUACGAAGGACAACUGGAUUGUUGAAAUCGUCGAAAAUAUUGGCAGCAGGGAGAACAAGACUAGAGUACACCCUCUGUCGACCACCAUCCGUUUGAAGCAUCAAGAUCUUGGUUGUUAUCUCUCUGGCGAAGGUAAUAACCUUCCUCCAUGGGGUUUCCGUCAAGGUGAAGUUACUUGUAAUCCUAAAGCUUCCUAUCGCGAUAAGAAGACUUGGUGGAACAUUGAGUCUCACUGGAAUGAUCGUAUGGAAUCUGAUUCCAAUCGCGUACUUCCAAAAACUUCGUUCUUGCGCGAUUUCAUUCAGCUGAAUUUUGCUAUGAUGGCCUCUAACAAUGCUCUGGUGCCUGACCCUGACAAGCAGGAUGAUCUUGCCUCUCGAGCUUGGGAAUGGCCUACCCUACAUGUGGGUCUCCGCCUUUGCGGUUGGGGUCCUGAGAACGUCAAAUAUUUCCUUCUCGGACACCCUAGUACUACUAUAUUUACCACAAUUGGAAUUGUUGCGUUCAUUUCACUCUCGUUGGUUUAUAUUAUUAGAUGGCAAAGACAAUACCAAGAUUUCACUCCCAAGCAGCUUGAGCACUACGCAAUUGCUGGUGUUAUUCCUUUGCUUGGCUGGUUUUUGCACUACCUCCCAUUUAUUGUUAUGGCUCGUGUAACGUACGUCCAUCACUAUCUACCAGCUCUCUACUUCGCUGUUCUUACCUUUGGUUUCCUAGUAGACCAUAUCACUACGCGAUUCUCACACUGGACUGUUCGUAAUGGCAUCUUCGGUGUUCUCUAUGUCAUCACUAUUGGCAUAUUCAUCUACUUCUCGCCUAUAGCAUUCGGUAUGAAAGGUGAUUCAGCUAACUUCAACUACUUGAACUGGCUUUCAACCUGGAGAAUCUAA